AUGCGCCAUCACGGUUCCGAAUGUUGUGCAUCCGACGAUGCCUUGCUCGAGGCGCUCACGGGACCCAUUGCACCGUCGCCCAAGUCGGUCUUGGGGAGACGGGACGCCGCACUCGACCCCCUGCUCAUCGCGGCAGCAUUUGCAUCGGGCCCGCAUGUCACCAGGAACCACUACCACCACGAUUUCUUUCCCGGUGUCAUGAUGCCACAGGAAGAGGGGGGCAUCGACUGGUCGAAAUUUACCGGCGACGACGCCGCAGAGAAGGAGGAACGCCGCCGUAGACUAGUGUACGUCAGUCGACAGGCUCCCCGUAGCAAACGACUGCAGCACGAGUCCGAUCAGGAUGGGAAAGAGAACAACGUCCCAUGUGGCAAGACGAACAAUCUCCCACUCGCUACUCCAAAAAAGCGCAGGCAAUCAGUAGCCGCCGCCACGGGCACGACGAACGAGAGUGAAACCGCCCCGUCGACGUCCGCCAUUCCUCCACCUGUCGUUGUGAAAUGCAUGGCUCGUACCCGUAUCCCCACCCCGCAUGGCCCAGCAUUCCUCCAUCUCUACCACAACAAUCGCGACAACAAGGAGCACCUUGCCAUUGUCAUCGACCCAGCGCAACUCACGGACACGGUGUCAUCUUCAUCAGUGCCCCACAUCAGAUCCCAGUCACUAGACUCCGUUUGGAGCGACUCCGAAACUGAGAUGGAUCGGAUCACUCGAGGUGCCUUCGUAGGCAAGCUCUCGCCCACGAAAUUUAAGGCUGCCCCACCCGUGCCCCAGCGACUCAAUACCAACAUCCCGAACCACGCGCCGCCGCCCCUCAUUCGUAUACACUCAGAGUGCUUCACAGGCGAGACAGUCGGCAGCAUGCGAUGCGACUGUGGCGAGCAGCUAGACGAAGCCAUCCGCCUCAUUUCGCAGCCGAUACCCCUUCCGACAUACCCACCUACCCAAAUUCCGGGAAGGGGCGCCGUGAUCUACCUCCGCCAGGAGGGCCGCGGCAUCGGCCUUCUCUCUAAAAUUCGCGCGUACAACCUUCAGGACCUCGGUCACGAUACGGUCACCGCCAAUAUCAUGCUCGGACAUAAAGCGGAUGAGCGGGGGUACGAGAUUGCUGGCGCGAUACUUCGCGACCUCGGGCUGGGCUCGGAGCAGAGCGGGGAGGGCGUGCGCGUUCUGACGAAUAAUCCCGACAAAAUUCAGGCGUUGGCAGAUGAAGGCGUCAAAGUUGUCGAGCGCGUGCCGAUGAUACCUCGGAGCUGGAAAGCCAGAAACCCCAACCUUGCCGUAGUGUCUCCGCACCUUGGCAUCGAUGGUCUUCCGAAGGAUGCUGGCGUUGACAGCUUUGGCAGAUCCACUGGAGCGACACUUAUUGGCGGCGGCGCGGUGCACGGGGAGGACCUAGACAAAUAUUUAAGGACGAAAGUGCUAAGAAUGGGACAUAUGUUACCACUCUGGCUAGAAGAUCCAGAACUCUGA